AUGGCUGAUCUCUUCUGUGAGCCAUUUCCAGAGAUAUCAUGGUUACUACCAAUGGACUUUCCUAUCACAAAACAAUUCAAAAGGUUUGAUCAGAAUUCUCCUCAAUGUUAUGGGAAUAUGCUGAAGAACGGCACCGUAGAUUAUUCGAAAAAGUCACAACCCCCGUUUCUAUAUCUCCAUCUUGUUCAUGAUUAUGGUGAUCAUGACAAACUGUUCUUCUGCGAUCAAGAUCAAACUCUUCUCAAAAAAGUCCCUUGGUUGAUCAUGAAAACGGAUAACUACUUUGUCCCAUCUCUCUUCUUAAUCCCAUCUUUCGAGCAAGAACUUACCAAUUUGUUUCCUGAGAAAGAAUUUGUUUUUCACCACUUGGGUUGGUAUCUUUUCCAUCCCUCAAAUCAAGUAUGGGGAUUAAUUACCAGGUACUAUCAAGCUUACUUGGCCAAGUCAGAUGAGCGGAUUGGCAUCCAAAUAAGAGUGUUUGACACUGGAACUGGACCAUUUCAAUAUGUCAUGGAUCAAAUUUUAGCCUGUACUCUAAAUGAGGACUUACUUCCUAAGAUUAAUACACGAGAGUCUGUCACCACACCAUUCAAGAAUCAGAAAUCAAAAGCUGUCUUAGUGACAUCUUUGAAUGCAGGGUACUCUGAGAAUAUAAGGACGAUAUACUGGGAACACCCCACCGUGACUGGGGAGAUGAUCAGUGUUUAUCAGCCUAGCCAUGAAGAAUACCAACAGACUGAGAAGAAGAUGCACAACAGAAAGGCAUGGGCGGAAAUGUAUCUCCUCAGUUUGACUGAUACGUUGGUCACUAGCUUGUGGUCGACAUUUGGUUACGUGGCACAGGGCCUUGGAGGUUUGAGACCAUGGAUUUUAUACAAGCCUGAGAAUAGGACAGCUCCAAAUCCACCUUGUCGUGCAGCCAUGUCAAUAGAGCCUUGUUUUCAUGCUCCUCCCUUGUAUGACUGCAAGGCCAAGAAAGGUAUAGACACAGGUUCGCUUGUACCUCAUGUGAGGCAUUGUGAAGAUAUGAGUUGGGGACUUAAGCUUGUUGAUGGUCUUGAUUACUUGUAG